AAACACGGGAAGAGAUCUGCCUCGCUUGAAUGGCCAUCCCUGUUUUGCAUGUGCUUGCGUUUGCACACGACGACUACUUUUCUUUCGCCAUUGCGUCCUCAAUUGUUGUUGACCACAUCUUCCCUACCCACUCUCUUUUUCUCCCUUCAUCUGCUUCGAAAGUUGAUCUUUCGCCCCCGCUCUCACAUCGACAGUCCCUUCUGACAACAGGCGCCGCUCGACCUUUUGCUGUCACACUCUCUCUUCGAGCUCGACGCUCAUCCACACGCUCUUUAGUUCUUCGGAACACCACGAUCAUUUGACGGCUUCAGCAAAAGCGCUCUGGUAGCAGCUUCACGAAACACGACAAAGUCCAUAACAAGUCACUUCAUCGAUCACGAGAUCCCGAACUCGAUUCACCAUGUCGGCCAUCAAGUUCUUCACCUUGGCUUUGGCCUCGAGCACUGUCGCCUCGUUCCACGCAGGCGGUCACGGCCACCGUCACGCUGCUCGCCAGCAGCCUCCGGCCUAUGCUCCUCCUGCUUACGGUACUGGCGCUGGUGCCGCGCACCCAACUGGCACCGGCUCUCCUUACCCUUACCCCAUUGCUAACGGCACGGGCGUCUGGGGAUCGACCGGCAUCUCCAAGCCAAGCGCCCCAGCUGGAUAUGGCUCCUCUUCUGCGGCCGAACCUCAGCCCAACACCGACUACAGCACGCUCUGGUCGACUCACUACAAGACCGUGACUGUCGAAAACCAGCAAGCUCCAUCGAGCGCUCCAGCUCCAUCUGGCAAUGAGGUCUCUCCAGCUGGCUACGGCUCUGGCUCUGGCUCCGGUGGUUCUCCAUCUGGCGGUGCUGGCGGAGAGGACGACGAGCAGUGCAAGCCUGUGACAGUCACCCACACCGAAAAGGUCACCAUGACCUUGACCGAGGGCCAGACCGCCCCGUCGAGCACCAAUGCCUCUCCUGCCGAGACCAGCUCGGCUGCUGCACCACCGGCUUAUUCUGCUCCAUCAUCUAGCUCUGAGGCUUCGCCGGCCCAGUCGAGCGCUCCAUCUGCUCCUCCGGCCUACUCGGCCCCAGCACCCUCUACCAACGAAGCAUCGCCAGCGCAGUCGAGUGCGCCAUCUGCUCCAGUCUAUCCUGUCGCCUCCUCGUCCAGCGAGGCCUCGCCAGCGCAGUCGAGUGCUCCAUCUGCUCCUCCAGCUUACUCUGCCCCAGCAUCGUCUUCCAGCGAGGCAUCGCCAGCGACCACAUCAGCGGCUCCUGCGCUCUCUGCUUACGGUGAUGUUAAGCAGGUUGCCCCAAAGUCCAGCGCCGCUUCGUCCGCAUCUUCACCAUCAAGCACCGGCAGCUCUGGCUCCGGCUCCGGCUCCGGCAAGCGUGGUCUUGCUUACAACGAUGCCAGCCUCACCAAGUGCUUUGAGGGCUCCCGCGAGAUUACUUGGGCAUACAACUGGGGCUCUUCUUCGGACGGCUUGAGCAGCGACUUCAUGUUCGUUCCAACUCUCUGGGGCGAUGGAACUGAGUUCACCAGCAAGUGGAGCAAGAAUGCCCAGGCUGCCAUCGACUCUGGCUCGUCCCACCUUUUCUCCUUCAACGAGCCUGAUCACGACGCACAAGCCAACAUGGCCUGCGGCACCGCUGCUGCUGCUUACAAGCAGUACAUGAACCCAUUCAAGGGCAAGGCUCAGCUCUGCGCUCCAUCUGUCACCAACGGUGGUGGUCAAAUGGGUCUCACCUGGCUCAAGGACUUCUUGUCUCAAUGCACCGACUGCCAGAUCGACUGCCUCAACAUUCACUGGUAUGACAGCGCUUCCAACGUCGAGUACUUCAAGAAGCACAUUCAAGAUGCUGCCGCUCUUGCUCCUGGCAAGCCAAUCUAUGUUUCCGAAUUUGGUGCUACUGGCUCCGAUGAGGAGAUCAGCCAGUUCCUUCAGGAGGUCAUGCCAUGGAUGGACAGCAACAGCGAUGUCGCUGGCUAUGCUUACUUCAUGACAGCUUCAGGUCAGCUCGUCACUGGAACUGAGCCUUCCACAUACGGCAAGACUUACAUGAGCUACACUGGUUAAAGUGCGGUGAAUGCUGAAAUCAUCUGUGCAUAGGCUUAUAGCUAAAGACACCCUUUUCGUUUUGACAUGGAGUGACGAACAGUACCAAGGGGACUACUCUGAUUCUUGUUUAUUCUACUUUUCUCUUUGGGGACGAAAGUUUGCGGUUUGGUGGAAUUGGCAUAGCAGCUCUUGGGAAUUGUGCACCAGAGCUUGGAUCAAAAAUCGUUGGCAUCGGCAUGGCGCUGGGAGGAAAUUGCGGGUACAUAGAUCAAAACAGAUACGAUACGAAGCUACGAGAUGAGCUUUGCUUGAAAUGAGAUACGAGAUUCAGCACA